AGGCAGCGGCUCGAGCCGUAUCUUCCUCUACCGCAGGUCACGUGGAGGUGGCGCGGUAGCCUCUGCUUCCAUCCCCCCACCCCCCUCGGCGGAGCCCGGCGCGGCUGCAGCAUGGUGGACACGGCCUCUCAGAUGCUGCUGGGCUCCGGCCUCACGGUGCUCUCGCAGCCGCUCAUGUACGUGAAGGUGCUCGUGCAGGUGGGAUAUGAACCCCUCCCUCCAACUCUGGGAAGAAAUAUCUUUGGGCGACAGGUCUAUCAGCUGCCUGGUCUCUUUGCUUAUGCUAAACACAUAAUGAAGAUUGAUGGAAGGGCUGGACUCUUCAAAGGUUUGACUCCUAGACUCUGCUCAGGAGCUAUUGGCACUAUAGUGCACAGUAAGGUUUUACAGCACUGCCAGGAAGCUGAUCAAGUUGAGGACCCAGGGAUCAGCCCCAAGGAAUCCUCGUCCUCCUUGGAGCAAGUUGUUAAGGAGACUUCUCAAGAGAUGAUUGCACGUUCUGCUGCUACCCUAGUCACCCACCCUUUUCAUGUGAUCACGUUGAGGUGUAUGGUGCAGUUCAUUGGCAGAGAGACCAAGUACAGUGGGGUGUUCAGCUCCUUUGUCACCAUUUACCGGGAAGAGGGCAUCUUGGGAUUUUUUGCGGGCCUUAUUCCCCGCCUGCUUGGGGACAUCCUGUCCUUGUGGCUCUGUAACAUGCUGGCCUACCUCAUCAAUACCUAUGCACUGGAGAAUGGGGUCUCCACCAUGACUGAGAUGAAAAGCUAUUCUCAGGCUGUCACUGGAUUCUUUGCCAGUAUGCUGACUUACCCCUUUGUACUCGUCUCAAACCUGAUGGCCAUUAAUAGUUGUGGGCUUGCUGGUGGCCUCCCUCCUUAUGCCCCAGCCUACUCGUCCUGGUUACACUGCUGGAGCCAGCUACAGGGGGAGGGUAACAUGAGCAGAGGGAACAGCCUGUUUUUCCGGAAGGUGCCUGCAGGGAAGCGGUAUGUGUGGGAAGAGAAGAGAUUUCACUGAGCCCUGGGCCUCUUGCGGCCGCUCCAGAUGCACAGAAUGAUGGCAGUGUGUUGAUUUCUAUACAGUUUUUUAAAAAAGAAAAAUAAUCAAAUUAAUCUUGGGCAAUGGACCUGGCUGUGAGCAUGACUUAAUGACAAGUGUGAUGGGGGGAGUUUCAUUUCUGUCUCUCAGAUCGGUGGAAGGCAGCAGGGGCAAGGAUGACAGGAAAGCUACCCCUGUCAGAGGAAGAAAAAAAAAGACGGCUUACACUGUUGGGAAUGUGGAGAGUUCUUUUCCUUUUCCCGAGAGCACUGAUGUCUGUGUUGAUGGGAAUGCUAUCUUUCUCCCCAGCUCCUACCUUCUGAUGGUACCAUCCCAGGACUACUGUGGGUUGCUGGGGGAAAGUGGACCAAUAUUUUUUUCCCUCCUGUCCCCAGACAGUACAGCUCUUAGCCUUCUCCCCUUCAAACAUUUUGUUAUAUUCAGGCAUGCAAAGAUUGCUGGCAAAUUGCUAGCCCUGCCUGGCUGUGCAGGGAGUUAGUUAAGCAUUAUGGAAGCUGUGGUGGGCAAAUCAAGCAUGUGUGCUGUCACCAAGCAGAUCUGGAGUGUGCCUCUAAAUUUCCUUGGCAACACUCUUGUGAUAGCCACCACGGAGAAUGUUGCUUGAAAUGGUUCCACACUGCCAUUGCAUGGUGGUGGGGGGGUGUUCCAGGGCAGAUGCUCACUAUGUGGAUUAGGCAGGCUUCCUCCCCAUACCCAAUCAAGCCACUGCAAGCAGUCAGAUUUGUGGUGGAAAUGACCCAGUCUGGCCAUUAAGAGGUGGUGUGCACAAGGCUCCCACACAGUGACGGCUGCCAUAUCGUGAUCUAAAUUGGCCUCUCUGUGGUCACAGUAAUUUGUGAAUCGGGCCUCCACAGCCGAAAUGUUGGGGCACUCUGAGGAACAAGUCCCUGCAUCUCAUCUGCUACUGUUUCAGGGGUUCUGAACAAACCUUGGGGGGGAGGGGGAGAUAGAAAGCAACUGUCUUCUGAAAGUGUUUUUCCAAGAGGAUUGAAAUGUGUCAAAUGCAGUCUAUUGGCCAUAAGAGGUUCUAGAAGAGGAGAGUUCUUAUGUGUCUGUGCCUAGCAAAAUUGCUCUUUGAAAGCAUGACCGUGAAACCACUGGCAGUGCGGAAUGUGACGUGUUAACUCAGUAUGCUAUUAGGAAAGUCUCUAUUAGCAUUCUUUGUUAAUAAAGUUGUAGACAGUGUAA